GCACGACAAAGUGGAAGGCCCACAUCACGGCUGUGCACCACUUACUACUGUAAAAUAAGUUACAACCUUUUUCUUUGUUGAAGCCAAAAAAACGUGUUGCUAUAUAUACUCACAUAUAUACAUACACAUCAUCGUAGGUUCAGGGCUAUCCUUUCCUUCUUCUUCUUUUCUUUUCAGUGAAAGAUAAACUCCGCACCUUCUUGCACCAAAGAGGAAAGCAGUUACGCAACGCCGUUUGCACAUACGAAGCCUGCGUACGAGACGACGAUACAUUGCUCAAACUACAUAGAAGGAAAGAGACAAUCAAACGAUUUCAACGCACAUCACAGUGACUUGCAAGUGCCAUUUGCGCUCUCAUUCGCUCCUUGCGUUGUUCUCACAGCAUUUUCACUUUUACACGUGUAUAUUGAGUUCGUACGUCGAGCUUUGCACUUACAUCUUUGCUUUUCUUUUCUUUUUUGGAGAAAAUUGAAACAGGAAAGGAAAACGACCAAUGCCGAUUGCACCUCGCCAAGGAAGAAAAGGUGGUAAGAUCUCCGCUUCACCGACGGCGGGAGCGACGGAGUCGCCGGGUGCCGUGUCGCCCGGAUCGCUGCCGCCGAGCACCACCGGCGCGGCCCUCCCGACCGACCCGAACACCACCCUUCAGUUCAACAUUGAAGCCCUCAUGGGCAAGAAACGGCGCAGCCCUUCCAAAUCGAAGACGGCAGCUGCUGCUUCAACUGCCGGAGGUGGCGCGAGCGGCAAUGAAAACGGCAGUUCCACCUCUGCAGCUGACAGCGGAGGUGCCGCGAACGGGUCCACCACGAACGCCACGGCGGCCGCCUCCGCGGCGGAGAACUCUGGCAGCCUCGCCCCCGCUGGCGCGGACUCGAAUGUCUUCAAGUUCGACCUCGACGCGAUUGCGCAAGUAGGCCAAGGUGUCGUCUUUGGGGGCAACAAGACAAUGCGUACGGACUUCCACAAACCGGUCUCUGACCCGAUUGCGGUGUCGAAGAAGCUAGGCGAGCUCCUCGAGGCACAAAACGCUACUGCAGCUAAUGCCGAGAACAAGGCGUCACCGGUCACGGAGACCGUUGACGUGGCAGGGCUGGCGGAGACUGCGUUGCAUCAGGUGGUGCUGCUGCAGCGCUCCUUCGCCGCGCUCCGCCUCGCCGUCGCAGUUAGCCGACAGGAUGGCAAGAAGGUGCUCGUUGUGGUGCCGCACUACUCGGACGUGUCGGACGUGGCUGUCGCACUUCAGGCUCUUAGCCCUUCUAGCAGCUGCCCUGUCGGCGAGCUCACCGGGCAGUCUUUUAGCGGGGAGCCCAGCACGACGCUUUGGGUGACCGACGUGGACACGGCGCUGGUGUAUUUGACCGCGCAGCGCGGCAUGGCACCCUUCACCCACCUCGUGCUGCCAAACCUCAGUCGCAUGAACCCGCUGUUGUCGUACUUUUUGUGGGGCCUGCGCGAGCGCGUGUACCGGCGGAGCGCCAACUUCGAUGCCGCCGCCCCAUCGCUGCACCUUGUCGUGUGCGUGAGCGGGUCCGUGACGAAGCGGGUGCAGGCCUUCUUUGCGAACCAAAAAGUCACCACCCUCGACACGCCGUCGGUGCGGCCGCUGACGGAGUUCUCGUACGACGAGGCGAACGCGCUGGCCGAGGUGGACGUGCUGAAUGUCGCGAUUGACGAGUCCGGCAAGUACCCCGGGCCGCACCGCAAGAUCGUGGACCACUCCGUGCAGGUCGCUGCGGCGCUGGUGCGUCGCAUCUUUGCCGCGUCGCCGACGUGCCCGCAGGCGAUUUACAUCCUCACCGGCGAUUCGCGGGAGAUGGUGGACGCGCUGCACAAGGAGCAGCUGCCUGACACCACCGUCUACGCCGGCCGCUUUCCGUCCAAGGAGGACAGCAGCGCCGCUGCGACCCCGUCGAAGCAUCGCGUCUGCGUCCUGCACUCCGUCGUGUCCUUCACGAACUACAACAACGAAGAGGCGACCUUUGUGCUGGACAUGGGCACCACCCGCCGCUUCGCCGUGCAGAACAAAUCGGAGGGCUUCAUGGCCUCGAGUGCGUCGGAGUGGGCGUCGAAGGCAGACGUCUCGGAGCGGAAGCAGAUGGUGGGUGCCAAGUUUCCCGGCGCCUACGUCGCCCUCUACCCACCCGCGGCGGAGGCGGUGCUGCCGACCACCGAAGCCCCGCAGCCCACCGUCUACGAGGUCGAGGAUGCGCUGCUGCAGUGCUCGCGUGCCCAGCUGCCCAUCGAGCACGCGAACCAGGAGAUGGUCUGCUCCCUCGAUGCGGAGAGCAUCGAGCAGGUGAAGCACAGCCUCUCCGAGAAAUGCUUCACUGCGAAUUUGUCGGACGCCAGCCUCACCUUCACGGGUGAGAUCGCCUCUCGCUUGCCGCUGGAGGUGGAUCUGGCACACAUGGUGAUUAACUGCUGCGCCCUGGGACACAGCGAGGUUGGCGUGGUGGUGGCCGGCGUGUGCGCGCUGCCCUACCGCUUCCCGACCGGCGACUCUGCCGAGGCUUUUGCCGCGUGGAAGAAGGGUGUGCUGGAGUCACGGCAGGAGUACGCGGGUGAUAUUGCGAACCAGAGCGACUUGCUGGCGGAUGUUCUCGUCUUUCUGGAGUGGUGGCGACUGAAGGCGAGCGGGGCCUCUGCGCAGGCGUUCGCCGCGAAGCUGCAGGUGAAGGAGGACCGCCUGGAGCGCAUCCGCACCCUCAUCACCUACCUUCGUGUGCAGAUCUCCGACUACACCUUUGUCGACGACCUCGAGGAUGCGGCGACGCUGGCCGCCGUAGCGCAAAGCAUCAAGACCAGCGCGUCUAUUUUCACCUUCUUGGAGACGGUGGCCCUGGCGCGCCGCCUCUUCUUUGUCCGCGAUGCCGGCACGAUCAACGUGAAGGACCGCGCCGGGGCGCUGGUGUUUGUGCGCACGGCGAAGAAGGUGGUGCCGAACACCGCCAGUCCGAGCAGCGUGGCGUGGGAGUCCGGCGCCGCCCUCGUCGCCGUCGACUUGCGCAACCUCCUCAGCACCAUCACGUGCGCACGCGUCUCGGCCGUCAACAACAACUACCUCUUCGCCGCACUGCUGCUGCUGUACCCGCAGGUGGAGUACUCGGCCGCCGUUGAAGUUCCUUCGAUGGGCACCCGCGUCGUCUUCUUCGGCAUCACCUGUAACCGCCAGAUGAAGCGCUUCCGCGUCAGCAUUGGCGAGGCGGCGCAGAUCCUUGACUUUCGCGAGAAGUGGAACCGUGCUCUCGGCUACCUGCAGGCGCUGCGCACUUCCAGGAAGCCGCUCUCGCACCGCAAGUUCAACUUCAUGCUGAAGGAGGCAGACCGCCACUUCGAUUUGGAGGAGCUGCGGGCCGAGGUGCAGCGGGAGCUGCAGAACCUCGUGACGGAGAUCGAGGUGGUGGAGCACCAGACGAGCUUUGCGACGCAGAAGGUGCACUGCCUCGCGCCGACGCAGGUGCUGCUUCCCGUCGACGGCGUCGACGCGUCGGACGUGGACGUGACGAAGAAGUUCCACGACGGCGAGCUGUGGACGAUGGCGGCGUCGCCGACGGCCGACACGCCGUCCACGGUGGCGGGCGUGGCAGGUGGGGCUGCAGCGGCCGCAGCGCUCGCCACGACGGCGCAGUCUCCGGUGCUCAUGUUCCCGACGUCCGCCGCGACGCCCCUCAUCAUCGACGAUGACGAGGACGACGAGGUGGAGGUGUUGGGAGACCUGUACGUGAACAUGAACGGUCCGAUCAUCGACGACGACGACGAGUAG